AUGACAAAAAUUAAAUUAUUUUAUAAUAAUGUAAAAUCGAAUGUAUUCAAUAUUAUGUUUUGGGCCCCUUUAGCAAACUGGGGAUUUGUUCUUGCUGGCUUCAACGAUUUAAAGAAAUUGCCCAUGUACGUAUCUGAAAGAAUGACGGCUGUUUUGGCAAUCUACAGUAUUUUAUUUAUGAGAUAUUCUCUUGCAAUUAAACCGAAAAAUUAUUUACUGUUUGCUUGUCAUGCUACAAAUACGUUAGUACAAAGCACCUUACUAUUUCGGAAGCUAAAAUUCGAGGCAAACAAAAGGAAAAAGUUGUCCAACAACUGA